AUGUCUGGCAUCAUGAGCACCAUCGAAGGCCUGGCAAACACCGUCACCACCAAAGCCAUGUCUAUCCUUGAUUCGGUCUUUCCGCCAGAGCGCCGUCAGGAGCUCUUGACCAAGCUGCAGCAGUUUGCAAUCAAGAACCCAAAGCUGUCGGUGCGUCCAACACCCAUAUCUUUGAGCCUCUUCACAGCAACUGACAAGUGUACCAGNGCCUUCCUCCUCACCAACAUUGCCCUGACGGGCCCGCCCAUGUUCUUGUUCAUCCUCUUCACCCUGACCGUCUUCAUCUUCUCGCUCGUCGUCGCCUUGCUGGUCGGCCUGCUCGUCGCUAUUGGUUUCACCCUCUUCAUGGUCGUCAUCGCUCUGGUCAUACUAUUCCCCACCGUCUUCUUCACCAGUCUCGCUGCAUGCUUCUUCUUCCUCUGGGGUCUGGGUGGAUACUACCUCCUCAAGUGGUUCAACAAGGGCGAGACCCCUGCAGCAGAGGGCGAUGCUAUUGGCGACAAGAUCAAUGCUCUUACCGGUGGAAGACUCGACUUCAUCAUGGGUGGUGCGCGUAAGGAGUACCCGGACCACUCUGGUCAGAAUGGCAAAGUCGAUGCGAGCCCCAAGCAGAACGGUAAGCCCAGAAAGCUUCAAGACAACCCGGCCAAGUCGAGUGGAGUCGACAUGGGCAAGCAAGCAGACUCGAUUAGGAAGAAUCUUAACGUNGGGUAA